UUUGAUGUGUGGCUUUAAAUAAGUGUUUUUUUUUAAAUCGGAUCCCGUUCAUUCAACAACGCUGCAAUGAACGAAGAAAAUCAAUUAUGGACCGACGAUCAAUCGAAUGCAUCGUCCGAUUGCAGCGACACCAGCAGCGAUUCUCGGUCCCACGAAUGGACUCCACACAUAACAAACAACUCGUUGUUUUUCGUGAAAUUUGAUCUUGUUUGCCACUCGAAAACGGCCGUGUUCGAUGACGAUUUGUUUUUCCGCAAUGAGUAUCGCCGAUUGUCGAUACGGAAGAAGGAAAGCAUUCUGUCUCGGUUCGGACAGAAGGACAAGGGCAAGCAUAAGCUGUUUCGGGUCAGCAUCAUCGAUACGUCCAAGAAGGAGCACAUCAACGGAGUGCAGAAGGACGUCAUCAUCAGCAUCGCACCGAAAAAGAACGUACCCCUGAAGGAGGUGCUUCCCCUGACGGAAACGAUCCUCGGCCUAACGACGAGCCUUUUCCCGGACGGUCGCAAGCUGAUGGUGGAUAAGAUCAAGGAGUACUCGGUAUUUGCAAAGAGUAAGCUGGUCAAAUCGAAAGACUGGAUUAAAUCAAUCGACACCGAGCAGGUCACGGUGGAUAAUUUCGAGUCUCUCCUCGAGGGCUCAACGAAGAUUCCGACGAUCAUCAAGAUAUCGUUUUUUGAGAUGAUCGAGCCAGACAUAAGCAACGCGAUCGAGAUAAAGAUUACCAACUUUAUGGAUCUCAUACAGAGCCAAGAAACACUGUUCGAUAAGGAAGACAUACAAUCGAUGAGCAACAACGAUCUGAUCUUUAGCAUGAUCUACAUCUCGAAGGAAUACACGCAGAACGAUGAGCUGGACGUGAAAUUUUGUUACCCUACGCGGGAGAACAACUAUCUCUUCAAUUCGCGUGGCAGUUUCGUGACGCUCCAUUCGAUUUUCGCCCAAUCGUUCAAUCAGCAAUCGUUGAUGACCAAUUUGAAGAUCAAAAACGUUCUCUAUUACACGACGUACAACGUGCUGGAGGAUGGAAUUUUGUUGCUCGGCUUUAGCUCGAAGUAUUCGUCCGUUUUUGCGGUGAAACAGAAGAGCGAGCAGAUUUGCCGUUUUCUGAACGCCCUCUACAAGAGUGGGUCGAUCGUGUUUAACCGUCCGAUCGAACAGCAGACGGAGCUGAUGCAGCUCUGCGAAAUGAUCCGCCACUCGAUCAAGGCAAACCGGAAUUGUGACAAAUUCGAGAAAACAUUUCCACAGGCACAUUUUGUGCCGCUUCCGAAGGAAAUUCAGCUGCGCAUCGAUGACGCCCUCGGGGAGCUGGAAGCGAUGGACUAUCGUAACUGGAACGAUGAUUUUGUCGAUUUGUUCUGCCUGCUGACCGUGAUCGGGUGCGCACUGUACUACAAACAGCAUCUGGUGUGUACGCACCUGAGCGGCGAAUAUAUGAUGGACGUGGAAACGAUCCUGAAGAAUUUGGGCGUGUUCGAGAUCCUCACCACAACGGACGUGAAGAAUAUGGCCAUCUGGAGGAAGUUUUACCCGAAGCAGUACUGCGACGAUGGGUUCGAUGAAAAAAACGAUGCCUACUUGAUGUUGGUAUCGAUCGGGAAUCUGCUGAUGGUGGUGAUUUUGGAAGUGCCGAUCGAUACCACCCACAAUAAGUCUUUUUCACGCUACAUCGACGAGAUACAGGACAUGCUAAGUUAUUUUAAAUCGACUGGUAUUGAAAAUCUUAUUCGAAUCUGGAUCGAUUCAAAUCGUCGGCCACAAUGCAUCCCAACUAGUGUUUCGAAGCAACCAGAUCAAGCAAGUGGUGAAGAUCGUUCGCAGGGGCGCAAUCACGACGAAGAAUCGAACGCAUCUAGCUCGAUCAAGAACCAGAUCAUCCGGGAGGAACCGAACGCGGAGCACGAUGACGACGAUGAUUCUGAUUGGGGUCAGAGCGUAGACAGCAGCCAGCGAAGUAGCAGCUUCGAUAUAACGGAUCUGUCCGAGAACCGUUGCAAGGAGUUCUCCGAGCUUGUACCUACGCAACUAACAAGCGGGCUGGACAAUCUGCUGUUUUACUACGUGCAGCUGGAGGUUGGUGAUGGGUACUUUCUUGCACCAACGUUCAACGGGUCGAACGUGAAGAAUGACAUCGUGAUGAACCUGUUCCGUAAAACGUGCACCUUGAUACACGCGACGUUUGCGAAUACGAAAAAGUUUCGCGCACUGCUGGCAAACGAAUCGAACAAGCUGAACACCCAACGGUCACUGGUGGCGAUCAAAGAACAGGGGAUGCUGCUGUCCGUUCCGAAGGAUCAAAGCUCGGGAGAGCGUGUUGAGUUUUGGGUCGUCGGUAGACUGUUCCACAGCCCCGAGAAGGAACUGUACGUCUGCCAUCGGGCUGAUGCACCGCAGAAUAUGGUGGAGUUGGCCUUCCGUAUCUGUUUGACGUGCGCUGGGUAAAGCAUGAGAUCGUGUAUCUUCCACUUAUGAAACAAAUCCGAGCCCUAGAAAAUAGCUAUCGACUAUUGACUGAUUUUUGCAUUUAUACACACUUUAUAGUAUUAUACAUUUGUAAGGGCAUCAAAUGACCACUUUUAUAUUUUCUUCCAUUUUAUACAAUAAAUAUUUCCGAUAAACGGUAAUGUU